AUGGGAGGCAAUCAGACAUGGAUCACAGAAGUCACCCUGCUGGGAUUCCAGGUUGACCCUGCUCUGGAGCUGUUCCUAUUUGGACUUUUCUCUCUCUUCUAUACAAUUACCCUGCUGGGGAAUGGGGUCAUCCUGGGCCUUGUCUGCCUGGACUCCAGACUGCACACCCCCAUGUACUUCUUCCUCUCACACCUGGCCAUUCUCGACAUGUCCUAUGCUUCCAACAAUGUCCCCAAGAUGCUGGCAAAUCUGGUGAGCCAGAAAAGAACCAUCUCCUUUGUUCCAUGCAUAAUGCAGACGUUCUUGUAUUUGGCUUUUGCUCACGUUGAGUGCCUGAUUUUGGUGGUGAUGUCCUACGGCAGGUACGUGGCCAUCUGCCAUCCCCUACAUUACACUGUCAUCAUGAGCUGGAAAGUGUGCACCGUCCUGGCUAUCUCCUCCUGGGUGUUCAGCUUCCUCUUGGCCCUGGUCCAUGUGGUCCUCAUCCUGAGGCUGCCCUUCUGUGGGCCUCAUGAAAUCAACCACUUUUUCUGUGAGAUCCUGUCUGUCCUCAAGCUAGCCUGUGCUGACACCAGGCUCAACCAAGUGGUCAUCGUCGCAGCCUGUGUUUUUAUCCUGGUGGGGCCCCUCUGCCUGGUGCUGGGCUCCUACUUCCGCAUACUGCUGGCCAUCCUGAGCAUCCGGUCAGGGGAGGGCCGCAGGAAGGCCUUCUCCACCUGCUCUUCCCACCUCUGCGUGGUGGGGCUCUUCUUUGGCAGCGCCAUCAUCAUGUACAUGGCCCCCAAGUCCCGCCAUCCUGAGGAGCAGCAGAAGAUCCUUUCUCUGUUUUACAGCCUUUUCAACCCCAUGCUGAAUCCCCUGAUCUACAGCCUGAGGAGCUCAGAGGUCAAGGGGUCCCUUAGGAGGGUGCUCAGGAAGGAGAGGCCCACGUGA